CGACUGUGGCUCCCACCACGCCGCGCUCCCGACCCAUGGCCAGCGACGACAGGCACCGCUCGGUCUCCGCCUCCGCCAUCGUCGCCGGCGCCGCGAGCGGCUACCACGAGCUCACGAUCAAGGGCUACUCGCGCACCAAGUCCGCCCUACCCAACGGCAAGCACAUCUUGUCUCGACCCUUUCGCGUCGCCGGGCACACCUGGGCUAUCAGGUACUUCCCCAACGGCGACCGCCCGGAGAGUGCCGAUCACAUCUCUCUCUACCUCUUCCUCAAGGAUCCCGUCGCCGACGGCGUCAUGGUGCAGUUCGAAUUCAGCUUCAUCGACCAGGUCGAGAAGCAAAAGCCAUCCUACAUCGCCAAUCGCACCGCGCGGAGGUUCUUUGUCCCAGCCACCAGUAACAAUGGGGUGUGGGGAUACAAGGAAUUCAUCAAGAGCGCGACCCUGGAACAAUCGGGUCGUAUCAAGGACGACUGCCUCACGGUCAGGUUCGACAUUAUCGUCCCCAAAGAGCUAACCACGGAGGACGCCCUGGUUCCUGGCGCCCCCUUCGUGGUGGUACCGCCAGCUGACUGGCCGCAGCACUUCCGUGGCCUCCUCCUCGGCGGAAAGGGUGCCGAUGUGACGUUUCUUGUCCUGGGAGAGACGUUUGCCGGGCACCGGUGCGUGCUCGCUGCGCGCUCGCCGGUCUUUGAUGCACUGCUCUUCGGCCCCAUGAAAGAAGGCACCGCCACGGAGAGCUGCAUACGGAUUGAUGAUAUGCUGCCUCAGGUGUUCCAGAGCUUGCUGCAUUUCAUUUACACCGACUCGUUGCCAGAGGUGAAAGGGCAAGACGAGGACAGUGCUACGAUGGCUCAGCAUUUGCUAGAAGCUGCAGACAGGUAUGACUUGCAGAGGCUCAAGCUGAUCUGUGAGGACAAGCUAUGCAAGCACAUUUACGUGACAACGGUAGCGACCACACUGGCGUUGGCUGAGCAACACCACUGCCAAGAGCUUAAGGAGGCAUGCUUUGAGUUUCUCAAGUCUCGGGGAACGCUGGAUGAUGUCAUGGCAACCAAUGGAUUCCAGCAUCUGGCGAAAAGCUCUCCUUCUGCUCUGUUUCAGUUGAUGUCCAAGCUUGCCAAGCGUUGAAUUCUUGAAGAGCAAGUGCAUUGCGUGAUUCUGGGGGUUCAGUAGACCGGAAUGUCAAUUGCAAGUAUCCUGAAAGAUUAAUUUUGCUAUCUAAUACUAGUUCUAGUAGUUUUAUGCUUAGUCAUGUCUGCAAAAAGGAUGCGAUGUACCUGUGCCUUAUCUUUUUUGAUCAUCACAUCGUUUGUGGAUAGC